ACUCAGAGGUAAGCCUCCCCGGGAUCGGAUGGCACUUCAAACGUGCAGUGCGGAUGCACGCAACAAGCGCAGAAGAGGAGUAUGACUGAACUUGGGAGAGGCUCGCUUUCGAAUAAAUCUACAGUAUUUGGUAUUGUAAGGUGUUCUGUUGUGGCAUCUGCCUUCGGGGACUAUUGCCCACUUCAUCAGAUGUGGAACGUGGAGACUAGUCCAUGAAAAGUGGUGUCUUCAUCAUCUGUUGUUGGUCAGCCGCAGGGGAGUCAUUUGUUCACAUUCACUUUAUUUCUCACCCUUUCCUUUCCAGGGGCAACCUUCACCCACCCUCUCCUGCAGAGAGGCAGGCAUGAUGUAAAGAGUUACUGCUGUUAAAUGGUUAAUACUUCGCUAGGGAGUGUGCAGGAAGGGCUAUGAAGUUACCUGUGGGGCCUUCUUUCUCCUGGCAGCUUGGAAGGGUGCGGGUGUGUCUUUGCUCAAGCUUUGUUCUUAAAGAAUUUGUGCUGAAUUCUUGGGGGUAGCUUCUUUUAUUGACACCCACCCACCCCUGCUCAUGGAUAUUAACAAUUAGUAGGAAACAGUAGGAAAGAAACACGCUAAUCCUAUCCGGUAGUCAGAAGGGCCUGCUGGAAACAAAUAAGGAAUAGUGGAGGAAUCUCUCCCCCCACCUGCUGCCAUAGGCUUACACUACCAGGCAGCUUAGCCUGAUGGUUUUAGAAGAUGUCUGUGACAGACCAGGCUUUUGUGACCCUUGCUACUAACGAUGUUUACUGCCCCGGAGCUCUUGUUCUUGGGCAGUCCUUGAGGAACCACAGAACUUCCAGAAAGCUGGCAGUGCUAAUUACACCUCAGGUCUCCUGCACAAUGAGGACUGCCCUUGGCACCAUAUUCGAUGCAGUGGUUGACGUUAAUGAAAUUGACAGCAAUGACUCAUUGCACUUAGCUCUGCUGAAGAGGCUGGAACUGGGUGUAACCUUUACUAAACUUCAUUGCUGGACUCUUAUUCAGUAUAGCAAAUGUGUCUUCAUGGAUGCAGACACGAUGGUACUAUGCAACAUUGAUGAACUGUUUGAUCGGGAAGAAUUAUCGGCAGCUCCAGAUUCUGGCUGGCCAGAUUGCUUUAAUAGCGGUGUCUUUGUUUUCCAACCUUCCUUAAAAACAUUUAACCUCCUCCUGCAGUACGCAAAUGAACAUGGGAGCUUUGAUGGAGGUGAUCAGGGAUUGUUGAACAGUUUCUUCAGCAACUGGGCAACAAAAGAUAUCAAGAAACAUUUGCCAUUUAUAUAUAAUCUGACCAGUAAUGCCAUCUACACCUAUGCUCCAGCUUUCCAACGUUUUGGCAAAGACGCAAAAGUGGUCCAUUUCUUGGGACCAGCAAAGCCUUGGGACUACAAAUACAACCCUCAGACAAAAACAGCUAGAGAGGAUGGUUCAGCCUCAGUACCUCAGAGUCAGCUCUUGUUCCUUGAACUCUGGUGGGAAACGUACACUUCUAGUAUUUUACCAUUGCUGGGAAAACUACAGGAGUCUUCGGAGUCCAAAAUCCAGAGAAAAGAGCUUAGUUUGAGUGGAGAUAAUGGAAAAACAUUUGAAACAGGAGAUCCCAUUGUGAGUAGUUCUUCAGCCAUCUCAGCAGGUGUAGAACAUAUAUCAGAAGUGGUUAAAAAUUCAUCUGACAAGAUACUUCUGAGAAAUGAAGCUGAAUGCAGUCUUGAUUUCCACAUUUCUGAGCCAAGCAAGUCACCUGCAGAACUCUUGGUUCAGCUUAUCCCUCAGCACCCAGUGCAAAUGGAUGAUAUCACCAGUCAUGUUUCAGAGCUGUCUGUUCAGCUCAAAGCAGAGGAAAAGAAUACAGAAGAUGAACGAAGAAAAUGGGAAGAAGGCCACAUUGACUAUCUGGGGAAAGAUGCUUUUGAGAACAUUAGGAAGAAGUUAGAUUCCUUUUUACUAUAGAUUUUGUUUUUGUAUUCAUAUGGGAACUGGCCAGUGUUUACAUUUGUCUAGAAAAUCUCCAGGAUAAGACUGGUUGUUAUAUGGGGGAAAUACAACCCAAACUAGCAAUUUAAAAAUAGCUCUGUACUUGCUAAAUGCCUUGUGUGUGUAUUGUGUCCAUGCUUGGUCUAAGAGAAUGAAAUAUGCUGAACUUACAAAACUGCCUUAUGCUGAAUCAGACUGUUGGUUCAUCUUGUGUAGUACACAAUAUUCUGCUUGGCAGCAACCUUUAAGCUCUACCCAGCCUGGUUACCUGAGAAUGUUUUCAUUACAAAUGCCAGUUGAUUUUCAUUCAUUUGUUUUCAGUGCAUUGGACCAGUGUUGGGUUUUCCCCUGAUCAGUUUAAUUCUGUUUGGAUGGCGGGGGAAACCAAUUUCUAUAGAUGAUCAAUGCUUUGGAAUUCAUUUGUUUGUUUGUGCAAUUGUUUAGUGUGUUCUGUGCUACAUACAAAGUUCUGUUUCCAGUUCUGUUUAAUCUAUCCGUUCUCAUCCACUCUGGGUGUAAGUUUUAAUAAGCGAAAUCUUGUUGACAUAAAUAUUUAAUUUAAAUUAAUGGAAAACUCUGUAUCUCCUCUUUUGGGAUGCUGAGGCUUCCUAUGACUCCCUUCUGCCCUGGAGAAUGCUUUGGAAGCCACGGGACAGGCAGGGAAGCCUUUAAAGGAAAAAAAUUGCCACCAGGUUGCUGCCACUAGCAUUGGGACCUCCGAUGGCAAUUGUUUACUAUUAAAGGCUUCCCUGCCUAUUCCAAAGCUCCCAAAGGCAGCCCUAGGGAACCUCGGAAUCUGAAGUGGAGUUGUGGGUAGGGAAGCUUUCAAUUCAUUUAAAUUAUGUAUUGAUCCAGUUUAUGUUGGCAUAAAUUUUUGCAACAGAAUUUUUAAAGGCUAUUUUCUUGUGCCAUAACUUUCAUCAUGAGAGUGCUUCAUUGGGUGAUUGGAAGAGAAUAGUUCCUCUGUUAAAGUGAACUCUAGUUUAGAAACACAUGUACCAUCAUGUACCAUAACAUCUUUACAAGAUUUAAGAAACAAGAUAUAAACAGGCCUAAAUCCACUUGUUAUUCCCAGCUAGGAUAGACACAUUGGUGCUUAUGUAACUAUUGAGAGUUCUCAUUUUAGAUUUAUGCUAUAAUCUAGUGGUUCCCAACCUUAUGUCCUCCAUAAGUUCCUGGACUAAAAUUCUCAGAAUCCUUUACCACUAGCUGUGAUGGUCAGGAUUUCUGGGAGCUGUAGUCCAAGAACAUCUGGGGACCCAGGGUUGGGGACCAGUGCUACAAUUGAAUGCUCACUUAACUGGGAAUAGGUCUCACAGAACUCAUGGAGGCUGAGUUCUGAAUACACUUUCAUACCAUUGCACUACACAUAACAAAGCAAUAACUUACGUACUGGAAAAGCCUUUUGUUUUCCUUAGUAGCAGAUCAUUUCAAAAUAGAAUAUAGAGUCCUGGGAUAAACCUGGCCCUAUUUUGAAAGGAAAUUCAUGUGUAAAUGAGCCACUAAGUAACAAUUUUAAGUCUGAAACCCUUUUAUCAAUCAAUUCACUUGGAUUGUAUUAAAACAGCUUUCCAAUAAUGUGUGCAUUCUUUUGUUUGAUUUAAGAUGAAUGUUUUGUAUUGUAGACUGCAAUCCUUUAUAUACUUACCUGGAAGCUAAGACCCAUGGAAUUUACAGGGCAGAUGCUGGUUGGAAGGAUCAUGUCCUGCACUGUCCAGUUGUUUUCUGUCUAGUAGGGUUUCAUUUAAUAGCUCAUGUUAGUUAAGCUUUGCAAGCUGCAGGAAGGAGGUCCUCUUCUCUAUCCAUAAUUGACAGUCCUGUUAUUCUGCAUGAAUAUUUCAUGGUUUUGUGAAUACAUGAUAAAAGAGAGAAAUUCUGUUUUUCUCCUCCAGUUUGUCUCUCCUCAUUUAUAUAACAUUGUUCAUCAUCAAAUAAAUAUUUUAUAUUCUUGAUUUUUA